AUGUCCGCCAAGGCCAUCUCGGAGCAGACAGCGAAGGAGUUCCUGUACAAGUACAUCUGCACAUCCUCCGCUAUCCAGAACCGCUUCAAGUAUGCGCGGGUCACUGCCGACACCGACUGGGCCCGGCUCACGCAGGAGCACCCCUGGCUCGUGAGCGAGCGCCUCGUGGUGAAGCCAGAUCAGCUAAUCAAGCGGCGUGGGAAGCUUGGGCUGGUUGGAAUUAAUCUCACUUUGGAUGAGGUGAAAGUUUGGCUGAAACAGCGCUUGGGCCACGAAACCACAAUUGCUAAUGCUAAGGGAGUCCUGAAGAAUUUCUUGAUUGAGCCCUUCGUCCCCCACAAACAGGCGGAAGAGUUCUACGUGUGCAUAUACGCUGCCCGCGAGGGAGACUAUGUCCUUUUCUACCACGAAGGAGGUGUGGAUGUGGGAGACGUCGAUGCCAAAGCCCAGAAGUUGCUCGUAGGGGUGGAUGAAAAGCUGAGUGAAUCGGAUAUAAAGCAACAUCUCCUGCAGCAUGCACCAGCAAGUAAAAAAGAUAUCUUGGCUAGCUUCAUCUCUGGCCUGUUCAACCUUUAUGAAGAUCUGUAUUUCACGUACCUGGAGAUCAAUCCAUUAGUUGUAACCAGCGACGGCGUCUACAUCCUCGACCUGGCUGCCAAGAUUGAUGCGACUGCCGACUACAUCUGCAAAGUGAAGUGGGGCGACGUGGAGUUCCCCCCUCCCUUCGGCAGGGAGGCCUACCCGGAGGAAGCCUACAUUGCUGACCUGGAUGCCAAGAGUGGAGCCAGCCUGAAACUCACUAUUCUCAAUCCCAAAGGCAGGAUCUGGACCAUGGUGGCUGGUGGCGGCGCCUCUGUGGUUUACAGCGACACCAUUUGUGACCUGGGGGGUGUGAAUGAACUGGCAAACUAUGGUGAAUACUCGGGAGCUCCAAGUGAGCAACAAACGUACGACUACGCUAAGACUAUUCUGUCCCUCAUGACCCGAGAGAAACACCCUGAAGGUAAAAUCCUGAUCAUUGGAGGCAGCAUUGCUAACUUCACCAAUGUGGCAGCCACUUUUAAGGGCAUUGUGAGAGCAAUUAGAGACUAUCAAGGCCCUCUGAAGGAGCAUGAGGUGAGGAUCUUUGUGCGAAGGGGAGGCCCGAACUACCAGGAAGGACUGCGUGUCAUGGGAGAAGUAGGGAAGACCACCGGGAUCCCCAUCCACGUCUUCGGCACGGAGACUCACAUGACUGCCAUCGUGGGCAUGGCCCUGGGCCACCGGCCGAUCCCCAACCAGCCUCCUGCUGCAGCCCACACUGCCAACUUCCUCCUCAACGCCAGCGGCAGCCCCUCGACUCCGGCACCAAGCAGAACAGCCUCUUUUUCUGAGUCCAGAGCAGAUGACAUUGCUCCAGCCAAGAAGGCAAAGCCAACAGCACCUCUUGGUAAAGCUACGACGCUGUUCAGCCGUCACACCAAAGCCAUCAUCUGGGGGAUGCAGACGCGGGCAGUGCAAGGAAUGCUGGACUUCGAUUACAUUUGUUCCCGGGAUGAGCCUUCCGUGGCUGCCAUGGUUUAUCCGUUCACUGGUGACCACAAGCAGAAGUUCUACUGGGGCCACAAGGAAAUCCUGAUCCCAGUGUACAAGAACAUGUCUGAUGCUAUGAGGAAGCACCCUGAGGUGGAUGUUCUGAUCAACUUUGCAUCGCUGCGCUCUGCUUAUGACAGCACCGUUGAAACGAUGAACUAUCCGCAGAUCCGCACUAUUGCCAUCAUUGCUGAGGGCAUCCCCGAGGCACUGACACGCAAGCUCAUCAAGGCUGCUGAUAAGAAAGGAGUCACCAUCAUUGGCCCUGCAACCGUUGGUGGGAUCAAACCAGGUUGCUUUAAAAUAGGCAACACAGGAGGUAUGCUGGACAACAUCUUGGCCUCAAAACUCUACCGUCCUGGCAGCGUGGCCUAUGUCUCCCGCUCCGGGGGAAUGUCCAACGAGCUCAACAACAUAAUUUCUCGAACCACAGAUGGGGUCUAUGAAGGGGUGGCCAUUGGAGGAGACAGAUACCCUGGUUCGACUUUUAUGGAUCAUGUCUUACGCUAUGAGGAUACUCCAGGAGUGAAAAUGAUUGUGGUGCUUGGAGAGAUUGGAGGCACAGAAGAGUAUAAGAUCUGCAGGGGUAUUAAAGAAGGCCGUAUCACCAAACCAGUGGUGUGCUGGUGUAUUGGUACCUGCGCUACCAUGUUCUCUUCAGAGGUGCAGUUUGGCCAUGCAGGAGCUUGUGCCAACCAGGCUUCCGAAACUGCUGUUGCAAAGAACAAGGCUUUGAAGGAAGCUGGUGUGUUUGUUCCGCGGAGUUUUGACGAGCUGGGAGAGGUCAUUCAGUCUGUCUAUCAGGAUCUUGUUGCCAGAAGAGUGAUUGAACCAGCUGAGGAAGUGCCUCCUCCCACUGUGCCAAUGGACUACUCCUGGGCAAGGGAGCUAGGUCUGAUCCGCAAGCCAGCUUCCUUUAUGACCAGUAUCUGUGAUGAGAGAGGUCAGGAACUGAUUUAUGCUGGGAUGCCCAUCACCGAGGUCUUCAAAGAAGAAAUGGGAAUUGGAGGGGUUCUGGGGCUGCUCUGGUUUCAAAGGAGGUUACCAAAAUAUGCCUGUCAAUUUAUUGAGAUGUGUCUGAUGGUAACAGCAGAUCAUGGACCUGCUGUAUCUGGAGCCCACAACACUAUUGUCUGUGCAAGAGCUGGAAAAGAUCUUGUCUCAAGUCUCACUUCAGGCCUCCUUACUAUUGGUGACCGAUUUGGAGGAGCACUGGACGCUGCCGCCAAAGUGUUCAGCAAAGCCUUUGACAGUGGCAUUAUCCCUAUGGAGUUUGUGAAUAAAAUGAAGAAGGAAGGGAAACUUAUCAUGGGCAUUGGACACCGAGUCAAAUCGAUAAAUAAUCCAGAUAUGAGAGUUCAGAUUCUCAAGGACUAUGUGAAGCAGCAUUUCCCUGCCACACCACUGUUGGACUAUGCACUUGAAGUAGAGAAAAUUACAACUUCCAAGAAACCAAAUCUUAUCCUGAAUGUAGACGGCUUUAUUGGAGUUGCCUUUGUUGAUGUCCUCAGGAAUUGUGGCUCUUUCACCCGGGAAGAAGCAGAUGAAUAUAUUGAAAUAGGAGCCCUUAAUGGCAUCUUCGUACUAGGCAGGAGCAUGGGAUUUAUUGGACACUACCUGGAUCAGAAGAGGUUGAAACAAGGCCUCUACCGUCACCCCUGGGAUGACAUAUCCUAUGUCUUACCAGAGCACAUGACUAUGUGACAAGUAGUUUUGCCUCAGAAUGUCACUUAACGAAGUCAGAAGCCUGCACAGAGGACAGCUACGACUGGGACUUUGAUGUGGAAAGGCAUUAGGAGCUGCCUAGUUAAACUGUGCAAGCAACUGUCCUGUAAUAGAAGCUUAAUCAAAAACCAAAACUUGUGAUAUUCCAUGUUACCUACUGUAUUUAAUAGUUGGAAGCAGCUAAACUCUCUCAUUCUCUUUACUUUUUGUACUCUUCAGUUUCCAGAGUUUAAAGGUUUUAAAGUUUUCUUUGGGUAGGAGGUUCUGGAAUUUUGCACUUAACUGUGUAUAAGAUCGAUGAGUCUGAGCUGGAACUUUCCUAAAGGAAAGGAUCAUUCCUGUAAGUGUGUUUGUUGGGUGUUCUUUUGGUUUUUUGUUUUUGUUUUUGGUUACUGUAUUUUUUUAGUUUAUUGGUAUUCCCUUUGCUUACACUGUCUCCAUCUUCACAGUCAAAUUGUACCCUGGCUAGUGGGACCACUGCUGAUUUAUAACCAAUAUUACUCCAACUCUGGUGAAGUAAUUUAAAGUGUAAAGUUGUAACAUAUACUCCUCUUAAAACUGUGAAACUACAUGUAUUCCAGUGUCUGUAUUUAUGCAAACAACUUCCCCUUUCCUGUUAGAGUGCUGGUCUCUGGAAUGUCAGUCCCCCAGGUUCUCUGCACAUGCAGAAAUAAUCUUGGUGAUAACUUCAGCCUUCUCCUUGUCUGUGUAUUGUAACCUAGCUCAAAUAAA